AUGUCCCAGCAGGAAGCACAUGUGUCACCUAACGUGAUCACAGGUAUUUUACCAGUUUUUGGAAUCCCUGCUAGAGUUUUAAUUGACCCUGGGGCUACGCACUCAUUUGUUAUACCUAGUUUUGCCCACAAUGCUAAUGUAAGACUUUCAGCCCUACGGAACGAACUGGCGAUCUCUGUACCUACAGGAGAGAUUUUUCAAGUAGGUAUGGUGUAUCGAGAUAGUACAGUGCUAGUGGGAGAUGUAUUUCUAGAAGCAGAUUUGAUUCCUUUGGGAGUGGUUGACUUGGAUGUCAUUUUAGGCAUGGAUUGGUUGGCCAAGCAUCAUGCCUCAGUAGAUUGUUUCAGGAAAGAGGUUGUAUUCCGUAGUCUCGGAUGA